GAGGCAGAGGCAGAGCCCGCCUUCUCCCUGGGCUUUGUGGAGGAGGAGCUGCUGUGUUGUCCACGCCGGGCCUAGCCGGCUCUGUCAUCCUGAAGCCUGGGAGCGCCGGUGAAAUCAAAUGGCUUCGUAUUUUGAGGAGCACGACUGCGAGCCGACCAACGCCGAGGAGCAGUACCGACAGAACGCAUUGCUGGAGCUGGCCAGGUCUCUUUUGGCCGGGAUGGAUCUGGACCUUGGACAGGUAGAUUUUUCUGACUGGGAACACAGAUUGCCGCCUGCUGCUAAAAAGGAGAUUGUAAAAAAUCUCCCAACUCUUCCCGUGACACCAGCGCAGGCAGAUAGAGGCCUCAAGUGCCCAGUUUGCUUGUUAGAAUUUGAGGAAGAAGAGGCUGUGAAGAAAAUGCCUUGUGAACAUUUCUUCCAUUCUGGUUGUAUAGUGCCCUGGUUAGGAAAGACUAAUUCAUGUCCUCUAUGCCGACUCGAAUUGCCCACAGACAAUGAAGAGUAUGAAGAGUACAAGCAAGAAAAGGAGAGAAGAAAACAGAAGGAGCAGCGCUUGGAACACUUGCACGAUGCGAUGUACACGUGACCACCAGCAGGGGGCCUUUCCCAUCUUUGUCUUCCACUCGAUGUGGAUGUUACAGUGACUAUCCCAACUCAUAGAUGUGGAUGUUACAGUGACUAUCCCAACUCAUACGCCACAUACCAAUUGGCACUACUCUAGUCUGCCCCCUCUGUUAAACAAAUGUUGUACAAGAAUCAAGGAUAGCUCUAGAAAGUCAUAGGACCUCACUUUUACCCCCUUUUGCUUGUGGAGGUGAACAACUGUUUAUUGUGACUGCUGGUUGUAAACUUAUUCCUUCUCGUUUCAAAUUAAUUUUAAAAAGUUUUUUUAAGAAGCAUCAUGCUAUGACAUUCCUCAUGAGAAAAAAUGCAUACAUAUAUAAAAGGUCCAUACCAUUGAAGCAGUACGUGUUUGCAGGUGGAACAAGCUUAAUUCAUUUCUUCUCUUGUCCAUGCAUUCCUUAUCCUCCUCCCUGUUUCUUCUUGCAUGGUGAAGGCUAUAGUUCUCCACUGGGAUGCCACUUCCAUUGAGGUCACGAGUCCUUGUGCACAAUUGCCCACUAUGCUGACAGAACACCUUUACCCUCAAGUCAAGGCUACCUACUAAUCUACAUUCCAAACCUUCUCAGAUCUGUUUAAAUAAUUUUUUUUUAAUCUAAACUAAUUGUAAAAGUUAAAAGAACACAAGUGCACAUAUGCUUAAAGCACUUAAAACAUUAAAAGUAAUUUAUUUGAAUCAAAUAAAUAACUUUGCUUUGUUUCUA